AUGAGAUCUAGUGAAGGUGUAACAGAAUACUUCUCUAGGGUCAUGACAGUGGCCAAUAAAAUGCGAAUAUACGGGGAGGAUAUAUCAGACGUUAAAGUGGUUGAAAAGAUUUUACGCUCUUUAACUGAGAAGUUUAACUAUAUUGUUUGUUCUAUUGAAGAGUCAAAGGACAUCAAUGAUCUUUCUAUCGAUGAGUUACAAAGCUCAUUAAUAGUGCAUGAACAGAAGUUCCAAAGACGCAGUGGCGAAGAACAAGCCUUGAAAGUUACAUCUGAAGCAGGAAGAGGUCGUGGUCGAGUUGGUUACAGAGGAAGGGGAAGAGAAUUUGAUGAAGAAGCAAAAAUGCUUUUGAUGUCUUAUGUGGAUCUGUUUGAAGCUAAAAGACAAGAUGCAUGGUUCCUUGAUUCAGGAUGUUCUAAUCAUAUGUGCGGUGAUCGAACUAUGUUCAACGAACUUGAUGAAAAAUUUCGAUAUUCUGUAAAAUUGGGAAACAACACUAAGAUGGAUGUGAUGGGAAAAGUAAGUGUGAAAUUUCUUCUAAAUGGAAUGAAUCUUGUUGUUACUGAAGUAUACAAUAUUCCAUAA